GAAGAGUCGGUCUUGCGCGUUCCACACCAUCCGUUCACUGCCAAAGGCUUACUCUUGGCCAUUCUUGGGUUACGUAGACAGCUUGGUGGGCGCCCGCGUUAAGCCUUGUCUGUAGCUGUGUUAUCAGCGCACGGCUGUCUUGUCCUCCCCGCGCCUCGUUCGUAUAACAACCGGUCAACCGCAGCCUCUGCACCACCUCAAGGCUGUCGCACUGCCUCACUUGCCUGCCUACUUGAACCGACUCGACCGCGGCCAGGUACCUUUGCUCCAGUGGGUCGCAGGACUCAACUAGCUUCGUUUGUCGUGUUGCGCCUACGCAAACGGCUCUACCACCAAAGCAGCCCACAAUAAGAACCGACUCGGCCAAGUCGUCACCUCAACCUCCAACAAUGGCCAUUUUCAGAAAGAGGCACUCCGAUUCUUCGGACGGCGCAAGCCCUCACAACUCGGACCCUGAGAAAUCCGGUGCAAGGACAGACUAUCAACAUGCGACUGGGGAAGAUGCGGUUACGGACGCGAAUGGCGUCGCUGUUCACACCGACCACACCCAUCUACACCGUGGUCUGAAAUCGCGACACAUUACUAUGAUUGCCAUCGGUGGUGCUAUCGGAACUGGUCUCAUCAUUGGUACUGGAAAAGCAUUGGCUCAGUCUGGUCCUGGCUCUAUCCUCAUUGCUUACACCUCCGUCGGGCUCUUGGUCUACGUAGUCAUGACUGCGCUUGGUGAAAUGGCUGCUUGGAUUCCUCACUCUUCUGGUUUCGCUGGUUACGCUACCCGUUUCUGCGACCCUGCUCUCGGUUUUGCCCUCGGAUGGACCUACUGGUGCAAAUACAUCAUCACUACGCCAAAUCAGAUCACAGCUUCUGCUCUAAUCAUCCAAGAGUGGCCAAGAACAGCAUCGGACAAGGUCAAUCCUGGUGUGUGGGUUGCAAUCUUCCUCAUUACCAUAACAGCCAUCAAUUACUUCGGUAUCAAAUUCUUUGGCGAACUCGAGUUUUGGCUGAGUUCGAUCAAGGUCGUUACCAUUAUCGGUGUAAUCAUCCUCUCCUUCCUCCUCGCUGUUGGUGCUGGCCCAGGCCCUGCGACUGGAUUCAAGUACUACAAGAACCCCGGGGCUUUCAAACCAUACAUAGCCAAAGGCGAUGCUGGUAAAUUCUACGGCUUCUGGAGCUCUCUGGUCAACGCGGUCUUCGCUUAUCUGGGUACUGAGCUGAUCGGUGUGACUGUCGGCGAAGCUCAGAACCCACGCAAGACCAUUCCUCGCGCCAUUAAGCUCACCUUCUACCGGAUCCUGUUCUUUUACUGCCUUUCCGUCUUCUUCUUGGGCAUGCUUGUUCCCUACAACUCCAAAGAGCUUGCAUUCGCCCUCAAUGCCGGUACCCGUGCUUCCGCCUCGCCCUUCGUUGUCGCCAUCAAGCUCGCUGGUAUCAAGGCUCUGCCUGACAUCCUCAACGCGUGCAUCUUGCUCUUCACUUUCAGCGCUUCCAACUCGGAUCUCUACAUUGCGUCUCGUACUCUUUUUGGUCUCGCCGAGCAAGGUCACGCUCCCAAGAUCUUCCGCUGGACUGACAACCGCGGUGUACCCGUUCCUGCUCUGGGUCUCUCAGCGCUCAUGUGCUGCACCGCCUUCAUGAACGCCGCCGAUGACGCAAAGAUUGUUUUCGGUUAUUUCGUCAACCUGACCACCAUCUUCGGUCUCUUGUCCUGGAUUUCGCUCUUGGUGUCGCACAUCUUCUUCGUCCGCGCACGCAGGGCUCAAGGCAUCACCAAUGACCAACUAGCCUACACUGCUCCACUCGGCUUGAUGGGAUCCUACAUUGCCUUGUUCUUCUGCUGCUUGAUUGCCUUGACCAAGAACUUCCCCGUCUUCACAAAGGGCAAAUGGGGCAACUUUGACUACAAAAACUUCGUUACUGGUUAUCUCGGUAUCCCAAUCUACUUGUUCUGCAUCCUCGGAUACAAGUUCUUCAUGAAGUCCAAGAUGGUACAGCCCCACGAGGCAGACUUUUACACCGGCAAGGACGAGAUCGAUCGAGAGGAAGAGGCUUUCCUAGCCCACCAGGCGGCGGUCAAGUCCAACGACAAGAACGCCAGCUGGUUCUACCGAACCUUUGUCGCUUGGUUGUUCUAGGGGCCUGUCUACUUCACCCUUUACAUAUUAGUGUUAGAUACGCGGAUUAUAUAUUGGAUUGCAUAUAGCGUAUCAGUCGACUCCGACAAUAUUACUCUCCCGUUUUUUGGUCACAAUUGCUCUCUUUGAUCUUUUGGUUUCAAGUCGUCAUAGCGACUUCGCUGCACAUCAUUGUUCUCUUGUUUGCUAGCAAGAAUUACCCGCCCUUACCCUUCCACCAUUCAUACCUGCUAAUUGAUGUAAUUCAUGACAUAGACCC